UGUCGGUUGGUCGCACUUUUUAAUAGCGUCCAAGUCCAUUCUCUAUGGACGUUUUUGUACAUUUUUACGUCUAACAUUAUAUUUUAUUAUUGUGUAUUUAUUACAACAUAAAAUACCAUAGUACAACAUAGAAAUUAGCGAAACCAAAUUGCUAGAGUUAAAAUAUAUGAAAACUAUUUAAUUUUAACGUAAUUCAAGUUUUAAAAGUGACCCAAAGAUGAAUGUACGAUUGUCGGUUUGGUUUGUGUGUUUUAUUGUGAUUUUUAGUAUUAUUAGUUCAAUAUCCGCUCGUACAUCGAAUGAAUUACGAAUCACGUUGCCAAAUGGUAGUAAAUUAGUUGGAAGACAAUUACGAUCGCAUGAAGGAAGACCGAUAAAAGCAUUCUUGGGAAUUCCCUAUGCUAAGCCACCAGUUGGUCAUCUUCGUUUCAAAGCGCCAGAACCAGCCGAGAAGUGGGAAGGUGAAUUUUUUGCCGUCAAAGAUGGUCCAAUUUGUGUGCAAAGAGAUCCAUUCCGCCGCAAUCAUGAAAUAGAAGGAAGCGAAAAUUGCCUAGCGUUAAACGUUUAUACACCACAUUCGUACGAUCGAAAUAAAACUAGUAAUCUACCUGUGAUGGUAUUCUUUCACGGUGGUGGCUUUCAAUGUGGUUCGGGAAUCCGACCAUUCUACGGACCCGAUUAUUUGCUGGAUUAUGAUGUUAUUUAUAUUGGAGCCAAUUUCCGUCUCGGACCACUCGGAUUUUUGAGCUCAGAACAAGAGGAUUGCCCGGGCAAUUUCGGUUUGAAAGAUCAAGUUUUGGUGUUGAAGUGGAUUCAAAACAAUAUCAAAGCAUUUGGUGGUGAUCCUGCAAGUGUAACAGUUUUCGGGGAGAGUGCUGGUGGGGCGAGUGCAACGUAUUUGAUGAUGUCACCAUUAGCAAAAGGCUUAUUCUCCAAAGCGAUUGCACAAUCCGGAACAAAUUUAGCAGCUUGGUCACAACCAGCUCAUAAAGGUGUUGCCAGGAGUCGCGCAAUUAAAUUGGCUGAGUCAUUCAAAUGCUAUACACCACAAAGUUGGCCAAAGACAUUAGACUGCCUCCGAUCAGUUUCGGCUGAAAAUGUUACAGCAGCAUUCUAUGAUUUCUUCAUGUGGGACACUGACCCGAUGAUACCUUUUCCACCCGUGGUUGAACCAGAUAUACCUGGAGCAUUUAUUACAAAACAUCCUCGUGAUGAUGGUCACAAUGAAAAUUCAUUGAAAAUUCCAUUUAUGACGGGUUUAACCUUUGACGAAGGCGCCAUGAAAUCAGCUCCUCUGUUUAAUUUACCUGGAUUAUUCGAUGACUUCAGUACAAAUCUCAGUUCAGUAUUACCAAUUGCAUUAAAUUAUGAUCACCACGAAACACUCGUUCAAGAAUGGAUAACGAGGAAAAUCAAUGAAUAUUAUUUCGCAAAUGAUUUAUCGAGAGAAAAGCAGAAAAAUGUCACAAAUUUGUUCACAGAUGGCUGGUUUUUAGAAGCGAUGGAUCAAUAUUUGGAAUUACGACUUUCACAUGAAAAUAUUGCGCCAACAUAUGUGUAUUUAUUCACACACAAAGGAUCAGCCAGUUUCACCGAAAUAUUUAAAGGUGGACAAGAGAAUUAUUGGGGAGUUAGUCAUGCUGAAGAGCUGCAAUAUCUAUUCCCAAUUGCUGAUGGACUGUUCAUCAGUGCACUUCCGACGAAAGAGGAUGAGGAAAUUCGAAAAGCAAUCACUCAACUAUGGGUUAAUUUUGCCAGUACUGGAAAUCCAACACCUGACUCAAGCGAUUUACCGAAAUGGGAAGAAGCUAAUGGAUUCCCAUUAAAAUAUUACCGCAUUGGAAACUCAAACCACAAUGGAAAAUCAUUGAUUGGCAUGGAGAUUGACGGAAUUUUCCACGAUCGUGCUAACUUCUGGAGACAGAUCGGUGCACACUUACCAACACGAAUUUUUGAAAAAGAUGAAUUGUGAACGAAUUAGAAUAUUUGUACCGUUUAGUUUGAAAUAAUUGAUUGUGUUGUUGAAUAAAAAAUUGGGAAUUUUGCCUUGUGAGACUUGAAAA